CUCUCGCUUCCCCCCUUCGUCAUCUUCCUGUUUCCCCUACAGCUUCCUCGACGAUGUCAACAGGCGUACAAGAGACGUACAACGACGAGAAAGCUGCAGUCGUCGACGACCGACCAAUUGGCGGGGACGUGGCGAAGAGGACUCACGUCGUGGCACUCCAGGGCCUGUAUGAGGACGGCGCCAUCGACGCCGUUUAUAAGAAGAAAGCCCAAAUACUCAAUCAGGCGAUACAGGAGAUUGGGAUGGGGAAGUAUCAGUACCUCCUGUUCAUCACGGCCGGUUUCGGGUGGUUCGCAGACAGCGUAUGGCCGCUGCUUACAGGCCUCAUCCUCACGCCAGUCGUGGCCGAGUUUGGCUUCACCCCCUCGUACUUGACGUUGGCGGCGAACAUCGGGCUGCUGGUGGGGGCGGCCUUUUGGGGCUUUGGGUGCGACGUGUUCGGCCGGAGAUGGGCCUUUAACCUCACUUUGCUCAUCACCGGAGCCUUCGGUCUCGCCGCUGGCGGGUCUGACCGCUUCGUCACCCUGGCUUCCCUUCUCGCUGUGGUCGGCGUGGGCGUGGGCGGCAACAUGCCCGUCGACUCUGCCCUCUUCCUAGACCUCGUCCCCGGCACACACCAAUACCUUCUCACCGUCAUGACCGUCUUCUGGUCGCUAGGCCAGCUCUUCGCCUCCAUGAUUGCCUGGCCCCUCAUCGCCAACUUCUCCUGCUCUACCUCUUCCUCCACCUGCACUCGCGCAAGCAACAUGGGCUGGCGGUACCUCCUCUUUACACUUGGCGGCACCACGCUCGUCCUCUGGGCCGUGCGCUUCUUCGCGUUCCGCAUGUUCGAGAGCCCGAGGUAUUUGGUGGGGAAGGGCCGCGACGCGGAGGCGGUUAAAGUGAUCCAUGAUAUCGCGCGGUACAAUGGGACGGAGGCGACGUUGACGGUGGCGGAGCUGGAGGGCGUGCGGGCGAAAGGGGAUGAGGAGAAGGGUGGGGCAGGUGGUGUGAUAGAUGGGGAGACGAAGGCGCAUGAGCCGGUGCUGACGAGGACGUCGGUGUUUCGGAUGGAGCAUAUGCGUGGGCUGUUUGCGACGCCGAAGAUCGCGUUGUCGACGUCGCUGUUGGUGGUGCUGUGGGGCUUAAUCGGUCUGGCAUCAACGUUGUAUAACAGCUUCUUGCCUUUCAUCCUCCAAAACCGAGGCAACGUUUACGGCGACGGCUCCCUCUACACGACCUACCGGAACAACGCCAUCCUCGCCGUCAUCGGCAUCCCCGCCGCCUUCCUCGCCGGCUACCUCGUCGAGCUGCCCCGCGUCGGCCGCAAGGGCACGCUCGCCUUAUUCUCCUGGCUCACCGGCGCGUUUUUGCUCGGCUCGACCACCGCGAGGAGCUCGGGGCAGCUCCUUGGGUGGAACUGUGGGUAUACGUUCAGUAGUAAUAUCAUGUAUGGCGUGCUGUACGCGAUCUCGCCGGAGAUCUUCCCCGCGAAGGAUCGGGGGACAGGCAACGCGCUUGUGUCGACGACGACUAGGGUGUUUGGCGUGGUGGCGCCUGUCAUCGCCCUCUUUGCCGAUAUAACGACUGCCGUGCCGGUCUAUGUGUCGGGCGCGAUCAUCAUCGCCUGUGGCGGCAUUGCGCUGCUGCUUCCGUAUGAACCGCGGGGGAAGGCGUCGAUUUGAAGUCGACGCAAGGAAUGAGGAGAUGAGUAGAGGAAGAUAUAGGCGGAAGAGCAACGAUACUUGAGACGAACCUAGAGGUCACUCACGAAGGAACUGAUACCUGAAUUAGUUAGAGAUAGAUAUAGGAGCAUGCUAGCAGAGUAUGGGUAUAUAGGACCAGGUAGGUAGGUAGGUAGGUAGCUUACUGACGACAAUCACUGACGAAUGGACUCGGCCAUCGACGUCGACUUCGAUUUCGACCGA